AUGCCCUUUAUUGCAGAACUCCAGAAACGACAGACUGUAUGUGGGUUUGAUUCUUUUGGCAGAUACAGAUGCUACCAACGAUCCAACUGGCACUGGGCCAGAUGGCUCCUCUUCAUCAUCUUACUUGUUGCUGCCAUCCUCCUCGUCUUUCUCUUCACCUGUUUGAAGACCAGAAAGAGAGCCAAAUCAGGCCAGGCUCCCAUUAAAUACACCACCUGGAUGCUUCCUCCUUCCUACAGACACUCCCAGCAACAGUAUAACAAGCCCGAGGACUACAAUCCAAACAAACCUCCAAAUCAGGAAACUGCUCCUCCAUAUCCCUCCUACAAUCCUCCCUUCAAUCCUCCCUACAAUCCUCCCACAUAUCCUCCCACAUAUCCUCCAAACGACAACUCGAACCCAUAUGACAACAAUCUCUACAAUAGAGCUCCUGUUGACACACCCGGUUCUGCUGAAAAUCCCAAUUCUUCUGAUUUUAUCAACGGUUAUCAAAGACCUGCUGGCGCUCCUCCAGCUCACGUCAGAGAUUAG